CAACAAGAGCUCUAUAUUUAGCUGGCAAAGGGGGACUGGGUGACCCAGUCUGACUGCAACACAUACUGAACGGACACACUCUUCUGGACUCCACCACUCUUUCUAGCUGUUUGUUUUUCAUCUUAUUGAAGAAGAGCAUCCCCACUUCACCAUGAGAGGCUGAUGUGACUCAGAGAAUGAAUAUGGAGCUGUCAUCUGUGGCCCACUGAGAGUACAGCUCGGUGAUUAGCAAAGUGGCAAUUAGCAGCGACCAUGUGCCAGUCUGAGGUGCCAGAGGCCAGACUGGGCCUGAACAGUCCUGACCCACUAGUGAGAGAGGCUUUCCUGAUGGCCCAUGACUACAUAGACUAUGUGACCACAGGGGGGGCAGAUGGCACCGUGGGCCCGGCCCCUACAGCCUGCACCGCGGCCCUGCGCCACGCCGGAGACGAGCUCCUCACCCGCUUCCCCAUCUUCUUCAGGCGCUGGCCUCGUGUCUUCCAGGACGUGACAGAGAACACGGCCUGCUCCAUGCUUGUGAGCAUCCUGGACGAGCACUUCUUUCCCCCCAUCCCUGGGGGGCGGCGCAGGGACCUGGCUUGGAGCGCGGUGCUGUCAGUGUACGUGCUGGCUGGGCAGAUGGCCAUGCAUUGCCACGAGAAGGGCAUGGUGGUGGUCCUGCCACGGCUGAAGGAGUGUGUGGGGGCCUACGUGGAGAGGGUCGUCUGCCCUGAGAUACGAGAAAAGGGAGGAUGGAGUGGAUUUGUGUCACGCUUUGGAGAGAAGCCGGGCUUGGAGGGCCAGGUGAAGAAAGUGUGCUGUUGGACACUGUUAGCAUUGGCCAUAAGCAUCCUCACCUACUGCUUGUGGAAACGAAUGGUUUAGCCAACACUGCCCCCUAGUGACCACAACCUGUAACCAUUCAGGAGGGAGCUACCAUAUGAAAAUGUCAGUAGAGGUAUUUUACAAUGUAUCUUUUAAUCCUGUAGAAACUUGCCAAUAAGUAAAUAACCCACACACAGUGUAAUUCAUUCACAGCAUAUCCAGUGUGCUGCUAGCAGAUGGACAAACAUGUGGAACCAGCGAUGUUAGGCAUUUCAGCCAUUCCUACAGUCCAAAGUUGUUUGUGCAGUAAUAUAUGAACUUUGACCAGGUAUUGCAAAUUAAUCUGCACUGAGCUCCAAAUCUGGAUUACAGAGCAUGAACUGUUGAUCACCAUUUAGCCAGUUAUGUUAGAGUAUUCAGUUCAAUGAACAGUUUGAUACAACUAUAAUAAAGUUCAUUUCAACAGUUUUA